GUUCCGUUGGUGGCCCGUUGACGAACGAGAGGGCCCAUCCAUCCAUUCAUGUCCACCUCAGCACCCUGGCUAUGGCAAUUGGAUAGCUGCCACGUGGAUAAGGGUAAGGAUAACUGAUAAUAUUCACUCCUCCCAGCAGCCGGGAUCAGCGGCCUCGAAGAAGAAGCGCUAUGAUCGCUAUCGCAGGGAACUGAGGAAAAGCGGCGCAACUCGGAUCUGCCGCCGACGGUCACGAAUCAAACGUUCACGCACUGGUUUAACUAGAUGGCGUGCCCCUCCUCCUCCUCCCCCUCCUCCUCCUGCUCCUCCUCCUCCUCCUCCUCCUGCUCCUGCUCACGAUUCUCCUGCUCCUGCUCCUCCUCCUCACGAUUCUCCUCCUCCAUAGCUGUGAUGAUCCUCCUAGCAAUGCUGGCUGCACUGAUUCUAUGUGCGGGAGUUGGGGGAGCUUCCGCGGGUCCGGGCUCCCAGGAGUACCAGUCCCGGGACUCGUCCCAGUCCCAGGAGUACCAGUCCCGGGACUCGUCCCAGUCCCAGGAGUACCAGUCCAGGGACUCGUCCCAGUCCCACCGCCUGUGCGUACGAUCUGCAGGGCUGGCAGCACGAAAGGUAAUGUCAUUCGAUGCGCGCGGGGAGGAGGAGAGGGAGAAGGAGGAGGCGAGGGAGGAGGAGGAGGAGGAGGAGAAGAAGGUCGACACGAAGAGGGAGGUGUUCGAUUCCGCUAUUGACAAUGUCAUUUUUCCGGAGGCCAAUGAUGAUAACGAGUCUGAGGGGAAGAGGGCGGGUAGGAGGAGGAGAGAACAAGAAGAACCAGCCGCUCAAUACCCCUGGCUUCAACUCGACAAAUCGCUGCUCACUCUCUAUGGCAAUAUAUUACCUGAUAAUUCUUCCUAUUAUUACAGACGUUAUAUUCACGCUCUCAUCCUCUCUCAGGAUGGAAGCACCAUCUACUUCGCUCACGACCGGUAUGAACAAGAUAGCCAGAUCGCCAAAGCCGUCCGAUUGCCUACUCCAUCGUCUUUCCCGCCAUCUCCAUCAUCUGAUUCACCUCUCAGUCUGUCCUACAACGUGUCCAAUAUCCUCAACCAAGCAAUCAACAUCUCCGGCAGCGGCGUAUCCAAUCGUGUCRCAGGCUUGGAAGUCUUGGAAGAUAACGUUACGUUACUCGUUGGGUAUCACCAGACACAGGAGAUCCGCCAGUUAUGGGUGGAGGAUGGGACAGAGGAGGAGUUCAUUGCCGAUUCCCCAGCAGCCCAAUUUGGCAUGGCCAGGCAUCCAAAGGAGCUGUCGCUGUUUGUGAGCUCGCCUARUCAGAUUCAGAGGAUGCCCCUUCAACAAGGGUCUCCCAUCGASUCGAUCACCACGCUAGCUGGGGCUACCGUGGACGGUCGUAUCGACGGCAUAGGACCCGCUGCUCGGUUUGGAGCGCACAGCCCUAGGAUUGUCCCCCGAUGCAUUUCAUCGGACGGCUCCUUCCUCUACGUUGGCGACCGGAGCAAUUUUGUCGUCAGGCGAGUGAACUCCUUCACCGGAGAGACGCAAACGGUCAGCUUUGCUAACGGAACACAGGUUGCCAUGCCCUUCGGUCCGUUAGCCGCCGUUAUAACUUCGGAUCAUUGCAAUCUGUUYGUCACGGGAUGGACGAAMUACRACAGGCCCACGGGACAGCCGUCAAUGGUGCGAUGGGUGGCCCUCGACGCGCCACAUGGCAAUGUCUYGUGGACGCAAGACGUUGUCAUCUUCAAUCGCACCCGUCCAUCCAUCYUCGACAACGAGGAAUGGACAGGGGUCAACGAGCCAUCCCGUCUGUUGCUCAGUCACAAGGACGCAGAUUUGUACGUGGGAACGAGUAAUGGGGAGAUAUUCCACUUCGCCAUUAACCGCAGCGCUCUGCACAAGUGUGGGCCCAUCGAUCCUGCUAACCCUCCAGGGUUCGGUCCCCCUCCACGGUACGAUCGCCCACCUCCCACCUCGUCCUCCUCCUCCUCCUCCUCCGAUGGAAUGUCCGCUCUCACGUUGAUUGUCGUUUUGUGCGUCAUAGCGGUCGCUAUCCUAGGGGUUUGCACGACUCUCUUCCUGUGGUGGACUAGAAGACUCUGCUUUCACUCGGAGAGGGACAGCGACGGCGCAAAUGCUGCCUCUGCAGCUCAUCAGGCUGAGCCCAAGACGCAGCAGCAGCGAUGGCUACGUUCAUGCAUCUUCUUUGGCCGUCCGAGGCUGCUCUCUGCGAAAGAUAAAGCCUGCAGCGUUGAUUCCAAUGCCACCACCAGGUCCUCCUCGACGAUGACGACAUCUCUCUCUCUCCUCCAAGGCGAUAGACUAGAGUUAGCGGCCAUCUCUAUGAAGCUUGACCAUCUGGAUGCCCCUCGGCCAGUCCCCUUCGCGGACCUGCGGGAGGCGACGGAUGGCUUCAGUGAUACGCACAAGGUGGUGGGAGCAAGGGGCGGCUUUGGUGACCUAUACCGGGCGACCUUGAGGGUGGGAGGUGAAGGGGGGGAGAUGGCUGACGUGGCGCUGAAGGUGAUGAGGGGUGCGCUAGACGAGCUGAAGAGCAAGCAGUUCCUCUCCGAAGUGACGACACUCAGCCGCGCCCGCCACGUCCAUCUCUGCAAGCUCCUCGGCUACUGCGUGGAGGGCAACAUGGUYGUCCUUGUCUAUCCCUUCGUCGCGGGCGGCAGUUUACACGACCGUCUUCACCCUCGUCCUCUGAGUCGGYCCUCUGCCCAGGCCCCCCUGCCUUCUCCUCCUACUCCAGUACAACACCCUCCUCUUUGUGCUCCCUUGGGUUGGCGGUCGCGACUGUCCGUUGCGCUCCAGAUCGGGACUGCAUUAAGGUACCUCCACGAGGAGUUGGACCCCCCGCUCUUGCAUCGGGACGUAAAGAGCAGCAACGUCCUCGUCGAGGGGUCCGGAGAGGCGGUCAAGGCCUAUCUGACCGACUUCGGCCUCGCGAGGCUUGGCAACCCCAGCUCAGGCUUGAAAAGGGGUCGGGAUACCGUGCAGACAGCAUUUCGAGCAGGCACGAUUGGGUACAUGGCCCCCGAGUAUGCCAUUGAGCUGAAACUCACGGCCAAAAAUGACGUCUAUGCCUUCGGUGUGAUUCUGCUGGAGAUGGUCACUGGGAGGAGUGCCCUCUUCUGGACCGCUUGUGGAGAUCAGCCCGAGACGGACGAUCUAGAUAUGUAUGAUGUCACGGUGAGUGACAGCGAGACCGAUGCCGGUCAUCAUCACCCCAUUCUGCUCGUGCUUUGGGCCCAGAAGAAGUUCAAGAAAGUGCCACACUGGGACUAUCAGCUGCUUAGCAAGAUGGUGGACCCGCAGCUUGUUUGGUGCUUCCAAGUCCCUGGAGGGAGCGAGUGGGAGAGGGAGACGCUGUGUGCAAUUGCCAGGUUGGGCCAAGAGUGCACUUACGGGGAUGCAAAUAAGAGGCCCAUGAUGGGUGUCGUUGUGGAGAGGAUCAAGGCAAUCGUACAACAGGAGGGAAGACAAUAAGGGAAAGGGGGAAGGGAAGGAGGGGUGUUGUUGCCGAACGAGUAG